UGGAGUCAGCCCUGCUGCCAGCCAGUGCCGGGUGCUGGGGACUCAGGGAGGCCCGUCGGGACCAUUGCGGGACAGUGAGCCGAGCAGAAGCUGGACCGCAGGAGAGGAAGGAGAGGGGGCGGUCAGGGCUCUCAGGAGCCGGGUCCUGGGCAAGGGGCAGCCGUUUUCAAAUUUUCAGGAAAGCGGUCGGCUCACACUCGAGCAGUAAAAAGAUGCCUCUGGGGAGGAGGCCCGUGCAGCUCUCCGGGCAAUGGUGGUGGCUCGGCCUAGAGAGGCGGUAGUGGAACGGAGACCCUGGUGGGGGAUGACAUCAAGGGAGGAGACGGGCGGGACCCCAGAUUUCUGCCUGUGGGCGAUGGAAGUGAGGUUCACUGGGCAGCGGAGCCGGACACAGAACGCGCAAAAGGCCUCGUAGGCCUGGAGGAGCCGAAGAGCAGGCGGACCCUCUCCGCGGGGGAACAGUUUCCGCCGGGAGCACAAAGCAACGGACCGGAAGUGGGGGGGCGGAAGUGCAGUGGGCUCAGCGCCGACCGCGCGCCUCUGCCCGCGAAAACUCUGAACUGGCUGACAGCUGGGGACGGGUGGCGGCCCUCGAGUGGAGUCGGUGGAGUUCCUGAGGGCCCCCGGUUCUGGAAGGUUCGCCGCGGAGACAAGUGAGCAGUCUGCGCCGUAGGGAUUCUCGAAGAGAACAGCGUGUGUCCCAGUGCACAUGCUCGCAUCGCUUACCAGGAGUGCCUGAGACCCUAAGAUGUUCGAAGUGGUUUUUUCACACAGACCCGAAUAGCCUGUCCCUCAGCCACGCUCUGUGCCCUUCUGAGAACAGGCUGAUAUGCCCAAGAUAGUCCUGAAUGGUGUGACCGUAGACUUCCCUUUCCAGCCCUACAAAUGCCAACAGGAGUACAUGACCAAGGUCCUGGAAUGUCUGCAGCAGAAGGUGAAUGGCAUCCUGGAGAGCCCUACGGGUACAGGGAAGACGCUGUGCCUGCUGUGCACCACGCUGGCCUGGCGAGAGCACCUCCGAGACGGCAUCUCUGCCCGCAAGAUUGCUGAGAGGGUUCAAGGGGAGCUUUUCCCGGAUCGGGCCUUGUCAUCCUGGGGCAACGCUGCUGCUGCUGCUGGAGACCCCAUAGCUUGCUACACAGACAUCCCAAAGAUCAUUUACGCCUCCAGGACCCACUCGCAACUCACGCAGGUCAUCAACGAGCUUCGGAACACCUCCUACCGGCCUAAGGUGUGUGUGCUAGGCUCCCGGGAGCAGCUGUGCAUCCAUCCUGAGGUGAAGAAACAAGAGAGUAACCAUAUACAGAUCCACUUGUGCCGCAAGAAGGUGGCAAGUCGCUCCUGUCAUUUCUACAACAAUGUAGAAGAAAAAAGCCUGGAGCAGGAGCUGGCCAGCCCCAUCCUGGACAUUGAGGACUUGGUCAAGAGCGGAAGCAAGCACAGGGUGUGCCCUUACUACCUGUCCCGGAACCUGAAGCAGCAAGCCGACAUCAUCUUCAUGCCGUACAAUUACUUGUUGGAUGCCAAGAGCCGCAGAGCACACAACAUUGACCUGAAGGGGACAGUCGUGAUCUUCGACGAAGCUCACAAUGUGGAGAAGAUGUGUGAAGAAUCGGCAUCCUUUGACCUGACCCCCCAUGACCUGGCUUCGGGACUGGACAUCAUAGACCAGGUGCUGGAGGAGCAGACCAAGACGGCGCAGCAGGGCGAGCCCCACCCGGAGUUCAGCGCGGACUCCACCAGCCCAGGGCUGAACAUGGAGCUGGAAGACAUUGCAAAGCUGAAGAUGAUCCUGCUCCGCCUGGAGGGGGCCAUCGAUGCUGUUGAGCUGCCUGGAGAUGACAGCGGUGUCACCAAGCCAGGGAGCUACAUCUUUGAGUUGUUUGCUGAAGCCCAGAUCACGUUUCAGACCAAGGUCUGCAUCCUGGACUCGCUGGACCAGAUCAUCCAGCACCUGGCAGGACGUGCUGGAGUGUUCACCAACACGGCCGGACUGCAGAAGCUGGCGGACAUUAUCCAGAUUGUGUUCAGUGUGGACCCCUCCGAGGGCGGCCCUGGUUCCCUGGCAGGGCUGGGGGCCUUACAGUCCUAUAAGGUGCACAUCCAUCCUGAUGCUGGUCACCGGCAGACGGCUCAGCGGUCUGAUGCCUGGAGCACCACUGCAGCCAGAAAGCGAGGGAAGGUGCUGAGCUACUGGUGCUUCAGUCCCGGCCUCAGCAUGCGCGAGCUGGUCCGCCAGGGCGUCCGCUCCCUCAUCCUCACCAGCGGCACGCUGGCCCCGGUGUCCUCCUUUGCCCUGGAGAUGCAGAUCCCUUUCCCAGUCUGCCUGGAGAACCCACACAUCAUCGACAAGCACCAGAUCUGGGUGGGGGUCGUCCCCAGAGGCCCCGAUGGAGCCCAGUUGAGCUCCGCGUUUGACAGACGGUUUUCCGAGGAGUGCUUGUCCUCCCUGGGGAAGGCUCUGGGCAACAUCGCCCGCGUGGUGCCCUGUGGGCUCCUGAUCUUCUUCCCUUCCUAUCCUGUCAUGGAGAAGAGCCUGGAGUUCUGGCGGGCCCGCGACUUGGCCAGGAAGAUGGAGGCGCUGAAGCCGCUGUUUGUGGAGCCCAGGAGCAAAGGCAGCUUCUCCGAGACCAUCAGUGCUUACUACGCAAGGGUUGCCGCCCCUGGGUCCACCGGCGCCACUUUCCUGGCCGUCUGCCGGGGCAAGGCCAGCGAGGGGCUGGACUUCUCAGACACGAAUGGCCGUGGUGUGAUUGUCACGGGUCUCCCAUACCCCCCACGCAUGGACCCCCGGGUUGUCCUCAAGAUGCAGUUCCUGGACGAGAUGAAGGGCCAGGGCGGGGCUGGGGGCCAGUUCCUCUCUGGGCAGGAGUGGUACCGGCAGCAGGCGUCCAGGGCGGUGAACCAGGCCAUCGGGCGAGUGAUCCGGCACCGCCAGGACUACGGGGCUGUCUUUCUCUGCGACCACAGGUUCGCCUUUGCCGACGCAAGAGCCCAACUGCCCUCCUGGGUGCGUCCCCACGUCAGGGUGUAUGACAACUUCGGCCACGUCAUCCGAGACGUGGCCCAGUUCUUCCGUGUUGCCGAGCGAACUAUGCCAGCCCCGGCCCCCCGGGCUACAGCACCCAGUGUGCGUGAAGGAGAAGAUGCUGUCAGGGAGGUCAAGUCGCCUGGCCCCCUCUUCUCCACCAGGAAAGCUAAGAGUCUGGACCUGCAUGUCCCCAGCCUGAAGCAGAGGUCCUCAGGGUCAGCAGCUGCCGGGGACCCCGAGAGUAGCCUGUGUGUGGAGUAUGAGCAGGAGCCAAUUCCUGCCCGGCAGAGGCCCAGGGGGUUGCUGGCCGCCCUGGAGCACAGCGAACAGCAGGCCGGGAGCCCCGGCGAGGAGCAGGCCCACAGCUGCUCUACCCUGUCCCUCUUGUCUGCGAAGAGGCCGGCAGAAGAACCGAGAGGAGGGAGGAAGAAGAUCCGGCUGGUCAGCCACCCGGAGGAGCCUGUGGCUGGUGCACAGACGGACAGGGCCAAGCUCUUCAUGGUGGCCGUGAAGCAGGAGCUGAGCCAAGCCAACUUUGCCACCUUCACCCAGGCCCUGCAGGACUACAAGGGUUCCGAUGACUUUGCCGCCCUGGCCGCCUGUCUCGGCCCCCUCUUUGCUGAGGACCCCAAGAAGCACAGCCUGCUCCAAGGCUUCUACCAGUUUGUGCGGCCCCACCACAAGCAGCAGUUUGAGGAGGUCUGUAUCCAGCUAACAGGACGAGGCUGUGGCUAUCGGCCCGAGCACAGCAUUCCCCGAAGGCAGCCGGCACAGCCGGUCCCGGACCCCACUGGAAGGACGGCGCCAGAUCCCAAGCUGACCCUGUCCAAGGCUGCAGCCCAGCAGCUGGACCCCCGAGAGCACCUGAACCAGGGCAGGCCCCACCUGUCGCCCAGGCCACCCCCCACAGGAGACCCUGGCAGCCACCCACAGUGGAGGUCCGGAGUGCCCAGAGCAGGGAAGCAGGGCCAGCGUGCCGUGAGCGCCUACCUGGCUGAUGCCCGCAGGGCCCUGGGGUCUGCAGGCUGUAGCCAGCUCUUGGCAGCGCUGAGGGCCUAUAAGCAAGACGACGACCUCGACAAGGUGCUGGCUGUGCUGGCCGCCCUGACCACUGCAAAGCCGGAGGACUUCCCCCUGCUGCACAGGUUCAGCAUGUUUGUGCGUCCACACCACAAGCAGCGCUUCUCACAGACGUGCACAGACCUGACCGGCCGGCCCUACCCGGGUAUGGAGCGGCCGGGACCCCAGGAGGAGAGUCUUGUCGUGCCUCCUGUGCUUACCCAUGGGGCUCCCCAACCAGGCCCCUCACGGUCCGAGAAGCCCGGGAAGACCCAGAGCAAGAUCUCGUCCUUACUUAGACAGAGGCCAGCAGGGACUGUGGGGGCGGGCAGUGAGGAUGCAGGUCCCAGCCAGUCCCCAGGACCUCCCCACGGGCCUGCAGCGUCUGAGUGGGGUGAGCCUCAUGGGAGAGACAUCGCUGGGCAGCAGGCCGCGGGAGCUCCGGGCGGGCCCCUCUCAGCAGGCUGUGUGUGCCAGGGCUGUGGGGCGGAGGACGUGGUGCCCUUCCAGUGCCCUGCCUGUGACUUCCAGCGCUGCCAAGCCUGCUGGCAACGGCACCUUCAGGCCUCUAGGAUGUGCCCAGCCUGCCACACCGCCUCCAGGAAGCAGAGCGUCACGCAGGUCUUCUGGCCAGAGCCCCAGUAAGUGCCCACGGAGGCCCUCGGCACACCCAACGUGGCUUGAUCACCUGCCUGUCCAGCUCUGGUGGGCCAAGAACCCACCCAACAGAAUAGGCCAGCCCAUGCCAGCCGGCUUGGCCCGCUGGGCCCGCUGCAGGCCUCAGGCAGGCAGGGCCCAUGGUUGGUCCCUGAGGUGGGACCGGAUCUGGGCCUGCCUCUGAGAAGCCCUGAGCUACCUUGGGGUCUGGGGUGGGUCUCUGGGAAAGUGCUUUCUCAGAACUUCCCUGGCUCCUGGCCUGUGAGUGGUGCCACAGGGGCACCCCAGUUGAGCCCCUCACCGGGAAGGAGAUGCCCGUGGGCAUGUGUCCACUUUUAAUCAGGGGACAGGGCUCUCUAAUAAAGCUGCUGGCAGUGCCCAGGA